GUCAUCGUAUGCGCGUGGACCAAACAAUUAUUGACAGUUGCUUAGAAUAUUUUGAAUGCUUGCAUUCUCAUCGUUUUAUGUGCAUUAGUUUAAUUGUGAACAAAGUGUAUUUUUCUUUUAUACUCGAGAAACGCUAAUAUUUCUUGCAUUCUGUUCAUGUAUUGCUUGAGGCAUUACUGCAGGAAAUGACGUUAGGAAUGACAUGCCGUUGAAAAUAUGGCGUCUGUGGAAGUGUUGUAAAGGGAAUGUAAACAGCAGUAAAUGUUUUGCGGUGGAUAUUGAUUGCACGGAUUAUAUAAACGUAUUGAAUCUGAUCACCAUUUAAAACUAAUUAUCAUGUAUUUUUGGUAACUGGCAGUGGUAUAAUCUGCGUAUUAUACUUGAAUGUCCUAGGAAAAGUAUCCGUUGCUAGCUGGGUGGCAAGGAGUUAGUGCAGUGGCGCUGUUGCAAGGUUAUUCAUGGCAGGAGAUGUGGAAGUUUAUACUUCUUCUGCACAUGACACCAGUGUCUCUCGUGGGUUCAGAACACUAUAUGAAGAGAAAUUACUUUUUGAUGUCACACUUGCCAUUGAGAAUCAUGAGUUUCAGGGCCACAAAGCACUCCUUGCUACACAGAGUGAUUACUUCCGGAUUAUGUUUACUGCUGACAUGAGGGAACGAGGCCAGGAUAAAAUCCAUCUUAAAGGUCUAACUGCCACAGGUUUCAGUCAUGCUCUUCAUUUUAUGUACUAUGGUACCAUUGAGCUAACUAUGGAUACUGUACAUGAGAUUCUACAGGCCGCCAUGUAUGUUCAGCUUACCGAAGUGGUCAAAUUCAGUUGCUCAUUUCUCUUAGCAAAAAUUUGUUUAGAUAACUGUGCAGAAAUAAUGAAACUUUUGGAAGACUUUAGUGUGAAUAUCGAGGGAGUCCGAGAACAACUGGACUCCUUUCUGCUGGAAAAUUUUAUUCCACUGAUGUCAAGACCUGACUUUUUGUCAUACCUUUCCUAUGAAAAGCUCAUGUUUUAUCUGGACAGUGACCGCUUGAGUAGAUUCUCUGAGAUUGAGCUUUAUGAAGCUGUUCAGGCAUGGCUUCGACAUGAUCGUAGACGGUGGAGGCACACAGAUUCUAUCAUUCAGAACAUCAGAUUUUGCUUGAUGACGCCAUCACAAAUUUUUGAGAAGGUAAAGACAUCUGAAUUUCAUCGGUAUUCAAGGCAGUUGCGGUGUGAAGUUGAACAAGCCCUGAAUUACUUCCAUGGUGUUUUGGAACAGCCAUUAAUGGAGUCAAAAUCAAACCGUAUCCGUUGUACUAAACCACAGACUGCAGUAUUCAGAGGAAUGAUUGGGCACAGUAUGGUGAACAGUAAAAUCCUUUUGCUGCAUAAGCCAAAAGUGUGGUGGGAGUUGGAUGGUCCCCAGGUACCUUUAAGACCAGAUUGCCUUGCCAUUGUAAAUAAUUUUGUUUUUCUGUUAGGUGGAGAAGAACUAGGUCCUGAUGGAGAGUUUCAUGCUUCCUCCAAGGUGUUUAGAUAUGACCCUAGGCAAAACAUGUGGAUGCGAUUGGCAGAUAUGUCUGUUCCACGUUCAGAGUUUGCAGUUGGUGUCAUUGGAAAGUAUAUAUAUGCAGUUGCUGGAAGAACAAGGGAUGAAACAUUUUACUCAACUGAACGUUAUGAUAUCACUGAAGAUAAGUGGGAUUUUGUUGAUCCUUAUCCUGUAAAUAAGUAUGGUCAUGAAGGAACAGUGCUUAACAAUAAAUUGUUUAUUACUGGUGGAAUAACUUCAUCUUCAACAUCCAAGCAAGUGUGCGUAUUUGAUCCUAGUAAAGAAGGUACAGUAGAACAGAGGACAAGGAGAACACAGGUGCUCACUAAUUGUUGGGAGAAUAAAUCCAAGAUGAAUUAUGCAAGAUGUUUUCAUAAAAUGAUUUCGUACAAUGGCAAGUUGUAUGUAUUUGGUGGGGUGUGUGUAAUUCUUAGGGCAUCUUUUGAGUCCCAGGGUUGCCCAUCUACUGAAGUUUAUGAUCCUGACACAGACCAGUGGACUAUUUUAGCAUCUAUGCCAAUUGGAAGAAGUGGACAUGGAGUUGCAGUCUUAGAAAAGCAGAUUAUGAUACUUGGUGGUCUUUGUUACAAUGGACACUAUAGUGAUUCUAUUCUAACCUUUGACCCUGAAGAAAAUAAAUGGAAAGAGGAUGAGUAUCCAAGAAUGCCAUGCAAGCUGGAUGGCUUGCAAGUGUGUAGUCUCUAUUUGCCUGAAUUUGUAUUAGCACAUCUUCGACGUUGUACUUAAGACCGCUGUAAAUAGUAUUUAAUUUAAUUUUAGGAUAAACAAUUUUAACGGUUUUGAAAAGUCUUGAAUUGAAACAUCAGUCAAUUAGGAUUUUGAUUAAUUGUUUUAAAUUUUUUUUCACCAAUUUGUGAUACAAAAAAAGGGAGAACAGGAAAGAAGUGAUUAAUUUCCAUUUAUUCAUUAACAGCUCUACCUGCAAACCGUAACAGACCCUCAUAGUUGCAGACUUCCAGUAUUCCAGGUAUUAAAAAAAAUAGCCUUCAGAUCUAGACCGUGUGAAGUGCCUUGUUGGGGCAAGGAAUGUUGUUUGUUUAGAAAUGGAGCGCCUCACUAACAUAAAAACGUUAAUGGUGUAUCGAUAUUUAUGUUUAACCCAAACCUGUUGUGGCUCCAAGUUGUCAGGUUUUCACACAGAAGUACUGUUUUUUUAUCCUGGGGUUUUUAACCAAAAAACUCUGCCACCAAAGGGCCACUUUGCACAUUAUAUAGGUGUAACACUACUGUUUUAACAGAUAAAAAAUUACAGAUGUGGAUCUUUGGUAAUUUGCAUUAUAAACAUUUUUCAUUUGAAUAUCUGCAUGCAUAACGUGAAUGUUUUAUUUCUCAUUAUCCAAGCCUAUAGGUCAGGUUUGCUUGUUUGAGCUCUUUAAUGAAAACACAAAAUCAAUUUGUUACUUUCAUUCUCCUUUUUAACUGUGUUGUAAUUAGGAAUUUGAUAAAGUUUUUUAACAGCCCCA